AAGUAACGCUAAAAUGUCAUCGCCGCAAGGCCAAGGAACUUCCCCCAUUUCAGUUCCACCUCGUGAGCGGACCUUAUCAGUCGACUCUGAGAACCUGUCGGUGUCAUCGUCGUCAGUCGGAUCUCAACCACAACGCAAAUUUUCGCUGACUGGUCUUCUCGGUCGACGCACAUCAGUAUCUGAGGCAUAUAAACGCUAUUCAGGCUUUACGACCAAUGGAGAUGGUUUCCAACGAGAGGACUACAGAAAGCCAGUUGAUAUCAAAAAGCAUUUUGGUAUCGAUGAACAUGGGAAUACGGUUGAGAAGCACAACCAAGAUCCAGGUCAGCAUCAGAUGUCGUUAAUGUUGUAAGCGUGCGUGUUGGUUAGAGCAUUCAUAACGAGUGUUCGUGCCCAUCGCUCAACUUUGUCAUAUUGUAUGUAGAAGUGUAUAUACGUUCAUAUUUUCAGUUCAGCUCUCAUGGAUUACAUAAGCAAUUCAUUAUCAACAUAAUUUUAUAUGUUUAUUGUUGAAAGAUAUGUAACGAGACCAUUUGGAUUGUAUAUCAAUCACAAAAAAUAAAACUGUAUUUUGAAUGUACUUUUGAUUAUGCACCGUUCGCCAAUGUUUGUACAUGUACAUAUUUGUCAGUCACCGAUUCAGUAUGGCACUUUAUUAGUUGCUGUUAUCAGUUAUCAGUUGAAUUGAAAUCGCUUGUUGUUUAUUGAUGGUUUUUGAUGGAGUGCAAAUAAACGUUCAU